AUGGCCACAUACCUGGAGAACGACCUCCCGGAGGAGCUGUGUCAGCAUCUCUUCACCUCCUUCAAGAGUAAGUCUGGGGGCUGCUCCCCAGACCAGUCCCGGGCUGGGACCAGUCUCCUCGACGCCCGCUCCAUUGAUGCAGGCAUCUCUAUUCAGACUGAAGUGGCCUGUGCCCCUAUCACAGGCGUGAAUGGGAAGAGCAUCCUGUUUGCGAUGGGGCGCCACACUCCAGAGCCCAGUGUGAUGAGUACGGCCGGGUCAGGGGCCACCACGUCCCCAUGUUCAUCCCGCUCCUCCUCCCAGCGCUCCGGGACAGGACGCCACACCCCCGGGGGACACAAAUCCCCCUGCACUAAAGUCAAGUCCACUGAAGGCAACAAUAAUAAUGUCCUGACCCCCAACAAGGGCCCGUCCAGGUCUCCAGUGUCCCCCAAACUCUCCCCAGAGAGAAGUCACACAGAGAAACUCCUGUCACUGCGAAGGAGCCCGUCCCCCCUGCUGUCCCCCCUGCCGUCCCCCCAGGUGGUCUUUCUCAAGGACAUCGUGUGUUACCUCUCACUGUUGGAGAGAGGGACCCCCGAGGACAAGCUGGAGUUCAUGUUCCGACUCUACGACACGGACGGUAAUGGUGUCCUGGACAGCUCUGAGUUGGAUCGCAUCAUCAAUCAGAUGGUUCAUGUUGCGGAGUAUCUGGAGUGGGACUCCACAGAAACUGAGACCGAUUCUGAAGGAGAUGAUGGAGGAGAUAGACUUCGACAGAGACGGGACGGUGACGCUGGAGGAGUGGAUCCGAGGAGGCCUCACUACGAUCCCUUUACUGGUCUUACUGGGCAUGGACAUCAAUGUUCAGGAGGACGGGCAGCACGUGUGGCGUCUGAAGCACUUCAAUAA